CUCGAGGAGAAAGGGAAAAGACCCCAUGAUCCAAAUGGCCACUGAAUCAUAUUUUCUGUUAGGUAGGUACAUUGUUCAAUCUCGACCUACAGUAGAAGCAUGCGUCUGUUCCCCGCGAUCUCCAAUGUCUCGUUCGUGGAGAAAGUCCAAAAGAGGUCCAAGUGCGGUGCGUUCGGAUGAAUUAAGGAUGAAUAUAUGCAUAUGCAAGCCACUUGACACCUUUCAACGACACGGGCUCUUGACUCCGUACGGAGUAAUUAGGUGAGCCCCCAGCUGACAAGACCGCAGUGCAUAUAUUUGGGGUUAUCAGGACAGCAAAUUUCAUCCAUCGCCUUCUAACAAUGAUCUUUUGCAUUUGGAAGGUUGUGUGUAGUAAUUGGGAACCGGCAGUCAGAGAAGAUUCAGUUGAAAUCUCUAAUUACUCCGCAAAAGCAGGUUGUGGCGAACUCUAUCCAUGCUCGCGUCCGCCUUGCAGCUGCAAAACUAUGGAACGUUUAAGCUUGUGUUACCGUGUACAGCCCUAUUGUCUUCUAAUAUCGAACUUUAACCUUGUAUCAAGGUGUACAUACCUAUUGUCUGCUAAUAUGUAUAUUUGGAGAGAGAGCUGCGAUUUAAAUCAAUUUAUUCAAGUCUUGGUGUUACACUUGUAUCGGGAAGAGUGCGGUUCAACUGUCAAUGAAUUCGAUUAGUCUCGGAUAGUCAAAAACACCGCAAUCCGUUCCAAAAGAUCGAAUUCUCCAGCAGUCAUCGCUUCACUUUACCCUCUUCAUCACCGAAAUUUCCCAGAACAAGAUGCGCUCGGUCAUCGCGUCCUGCCAAUUCCCGGCAAUCUCGCAGAUAGAUUGGAUGAUCUCCCGCUAAUCGCAGACAUCUCGGUCUGAAACAUGGCAGCGCCACCUUCCCACCCCACAGCAAGUACGCUUUCGUCCAUCACUCCCGACAACCAGGUCGUGUGAGGUGAAACAGGUCCAUUAUUCCUCAUCGCCAAGAUGUGUUCGUCCGAUCUGGGCUUCGUAUUCUCGUACUCGAGUCAGUAUUGGUGGGUAAUAUAAUGAGGCUGCUUUCCCUCCAGUUGAUGCUCUUUACCUCUCCAAAGCUGCUACAGCUUACUUACAUUCUUUUACUUUGCUUAAAUUGCAACCACAUUCGUUCAUUUCAUACUCGUCGCUUCGAAUUGUUUAUUCAUUUCUUGCUUUUACCUUGCACCACUGCGUUGACUACUUUUCAUCAUGAAGUCUUUCCACCUCGCUGCCUUGGCAGCUCUCGGAAGCUUUGCCUCUGCUCUUCCCAGCGACAUUUCUGCCAGGCAAAUCUCUUCAGUUGUCACUGGAAAACCCCUCGGUUUUGCAUCAGGAGUCACAGGUGGUGGGAAUGUAGCUCCUGUUUACCCAAAGAACAUUGCGGACUUGAAGAAGUACCUCACUGCCAAAACUCCACAAGUUAUUGUCAUCUCAGACACCUUCAACUUCGUCGGUUCUGAAGGAACCAAGUCGUUUUCUGCUUGUAACGCAUACCCUUGCACCCCAGAAAACGGCGGUCAAAGUCUACUCAACACCCUCGGCGGCUGCGGCUCAAGACCAACCUUCAGCGUAACCCUCGACGCCGCCGGUUACCAAGGCAUCAACGUCGCUUCUGACAAGACUCUCGUCGGUGUCGGCAAAAACGCCGUUCUCAACGGAAAGGGUCUGCGAAUGUCCGGCGUCUCCAACGUCAUUAUCCAGAAUAUCAAGAUCACCAACUUGAAUACGAAGUAUGUCUGGGGAGGCGACGCUAUCAGUCUUUCCAACACAAACAACAUCUGGAUUGACCAUGUCACUACCUCGAACACGGGCAGACAGCACUACAGUCUGGGACAGGCUCCUAAUUUGGCAGUUACCAUCUCCAACAGUUUCUUGGAUGGCAGAACCUCUCAAUCGGCGUCUUGUGAUGGCCAUACAUACUGGGGUAUGGAGCUGGUUGGUACCAAUGAUGCUGUUACCUUCUACAGAAACUACGUCUACUACGGCUCGGGCCGCUCCCCAGCCCUCUCCGGCGGAACCUUCUUCCACGCCAUCAACAGCGUCUGGGCCUCCAACACCGGCCACGCCAUCGAAGGCAGCACCACCAAAGGCGGUGUCUUUGAAGGCUGCAGCUUCGUCAACAUCAAACAGGUCCGCGUACCCGACUACAAGGGCGCCUUGUUCGCUGCCACUGCCGCCAACGCUGGACAGUGCACUGCAUCUUUGGGAAGACCAUGUGUCGCGAAUAACUUCUCUGGAUCCGGAGCGUUCACAGAUGCUAAUACUUCGGCCUUGGCGUUUUUGAAGGGCAAGAAUAUCCCGGCUGCGGUUUCGGCGAACUCGAUUUCAACUAUUACGGCCAACGCUGGAAAUACUCUUGCUUAGAUGGUGCGGGUGUGAGCUCGUCAUGGUGGUUCCAAGAAGUUUUUCCUAGAGCUUGAAGGGGGAUGGGGGGGCUGUGGUGUAGAGAUACUUUUGUAUAUACUUCAAAUACUUCAGGAGAGGUCAUCGGACAUCCUGCUAGUAUGCAUCAAUAUAUAUUGUAUAUAUCCGCUGGAGAGCAAAUAAUCAUCC